AAUGCGAUUUGACCGCCCAACGGCUGUAAUCGAGUUAAUCGCCUGAGAUGUUAAAAGGCUUGCCGGCGGGAAAGAGCAAGUGCGACAACUAGGACAGAGAAGGAGCAGGAGGAUCAAGUAAGCCAUGUCGGGGGGUCGCGACAGCAGCGCCAGCAGCGGGAGCAACUCGGCGGCAGCGGGAGCAACCACCUCCUCAUCAACAGGAACCGCUGGAACCACCACCACCACCGCCACAUCGCCCGCAUCCACGCAACGGCAACGCGGAAGACCCGCCAAACGGGCCACGUGCACCUGGUGCGGCGAGGGCAAGCUGCCGCUGCAGUACGUCCUGCCCACGCAGACCGGCAAGAAGGAGUUCUGCUCGGAGACCUGCAUCGCCGAGUUCCGCAAGGCGUACAGCAAGGGGGCGUGCACCCAGUGCGACAACGUCAUCCGCGAUGGGGCGCCCAACAAGGAGUUCUGCUCGAUCAUGUGCAUGAACAAGCACCAGAAGAAGAAUUGCUCCGCAAGGCACAGCGGCGGCGGCUCCUCGGCAGCGGGCAAGGGUCUGGCGGAGAGCGAGCGCAAGUUGCUGGCCAGUGGAGCGCCCGCGCCGACGGGUCCCUUCCAAUACGAGAGCUUUCACGUCUUCGACUGGGAUGCCUAUCUGGAGGAAACGGGUAGCGAAGCUGCUCCUGCCGAAUGUUUCAAACAGGCUCAAAAUCCUCCCAACAACGAUUUUAAGAUCGGUAUGAAGCUGGAGGCCCUGGAUCCGCGCAACGUCACUUCCACCUGCAUUGCCACCGUCGUUGGAGUGCUGGGCUCCAGACUGCGGCUGCGUCUGGACGGCAGUGACUCACAGAACGACUUCUGGCGGCUGGUGGACUCCACGGAGAUCCAUGCCAUUGGGCACUGCGAGAAGAACGGCGGCAUGCUGCAGCCGCCGCUGGGAUUCCGCAUGAACGCCUCCAGCUGGCCCGGCUAUCUGUGCAAGAUUCUCAACAACGCCAUGGUGGCGCCGGAGGAGAUCUUUCAGCCGGAGCCGCCGUCGCCGGAGGAGAACUUGUUCAAGGUGGGCCAGAAACUGGAGGCCGUGGACAAGAAGAACCCACAGCUGAUAUGCUGUGCCACGGUGGACGCCAUCAAGGACGAUCAGAUCCAUGUGACCUUCGACGGCUGGCGGGGAGCCUUCGACUACUGGUGCAAUUACCGAUCGCGCGACAUUUUUCCCGCCGGCUGGUGCGCCCGCAGCUGUCACCCCAUGCAGCCGCCGGGCCACAAAUCACGCAUGGACUCCAGUUCCGGCAAGCAGCGAUGCCCGCGUCCCCGCUACACCGUGGUGGCCGAAUCGGAGGCCAUGGUUCCCGCCUCCCCGGCCACCGCCCACUUCCAUCCGAACUGCAAGGGCGGUCCGUUCAUCAACAACUCGAAGCUGCCGUGCAUGGUGACGGGGCCAACGUACCAAACGCUGGCCAAGCUGUGCCUGCAGGAGGUCCUGGCAGCCAGCACAGAUACGCAACAGCUCUCCAAGCUGCUGUUCGCUUUGGAGGGGGAUGUUCACAUAGUUACGGCAGCGGGAAAGAAUUUUACAGUAAAAAUACCCUCUCCGCUGCGCAUGAAGGACGACGAGAGCUUGGCCCAAUUUAUCGAGACGUUGUGCACUACAUGCCGGGCAUGUGCGAAUCUCAUCUCCCUGGUCCACGAGACGGAGGAGUGCAAGAAGUGCGCCAACAGUCGGAAGCGCCAGCUGACCCAGUCGGCCACCCCGCCCUCCUCGCCAGUGCUCGCCGACAAGCGAAAUCGUCAGUCGUCGAGCUCUGCAACGACGCCAGAAGAGAAGAAGAUCAUCAAGCAGGAGGUUGGUGCUAAGUCGCCCGUGGAGGCCAAGCCGAAAACACCGACCAACAACGGAAAGGAGCCCACAAACCAUCAGAGCAGCCACAGUCUCAACAACAACAGUGCCAGCAAGCCCAGCACAAAGGUGGUCAUAAAGACAGAGCCCAACGGAGUGACUGCCCAGACGUCCUCCACAACGCAGGCACUGCGCAAAGUGCGAUUCCAGCACCACGCAAACAGCAACAGCAUUGUAGCCAAUGGAAGCACGGAGGCGAGUCAGACCACGCCCGUUUCCACGUCAACAUCAUCCACCACAAGUUUGGCCGGAGGAUCAGCGAACGCCAGCAAAUACCUGGCACCUCUGGUGGCCGAAGUUCAUCCCGAGCAGGUCAACGUUAAGCCCUCGAACAGCUACUACAAGAGCCCCACGACGCUCUCGUCCAGCGCCUCGUUGCCCACAUCCGUGUCUACGCCUUUCACGGGCUGCCAGUCAGCCAAGGCGGCCACAGCGCCUGCUGGAGCAGCGGCCACAGCGGCGGCUUCCACGAGCUAUACCGCGAUUACCUCACCCCUGAGCACACCCACGUCUGCUUCGGCGAACUCGCAUCUGCGGUCGCAGCCCAUCGACUGGACCAUCGAGGAGGUGAUCCAGUACAUCGAGAGCAACGACAACUCCCUCGCAGUUCACGGGGAUCUCUUCCGCAAGCAUGAAAUCGAUGGUAAAGCUUUAUUAUUGCUAAAUUCAGAGAUGAUGAUGAAGUACAUGGGCCUCAAGCUGGGACCAGCCUUAAAAAUCUGCAAUUUAGUAAAUAAGGUCAAUGGUCGUCGAAAUAAUCUGGCACUCUAAAAUACACACUAACUUGAGAUGGACUUGCAUAGAAAUUGUUAACAAAUUAGUACCUCCCUUUAACGUAAAGCGAAGCAAACAUGAACGAUAUUCAUAGACGUGUUGUUGUGUUGGCCAUUCAUGUAGAAAGCCCCCUAAUCUUAUUUUAUUAUAUUGAUAAUAUAACAAAAACAGCGCGCAAAAACGAAUGUAAUCGCGAAAACAUGAAAUUCCCCAUACAAAACAGUCGCAUAACAAAUUAUAGACAGCCAUGCUCUGGUUUUCAAAACCGUCAUUAUUAAUUUUUAAUUUUUAACUGCUCGUGUUUCUUUCGGAAAAACGCCUUAACAAUUGUCAUUAGGUACCUAAAAUUUGUAAAUUAACACUGCUCUACAGUUAUUGUAAAAGUAGACAUGAUUGCGCUCGAAUUAGGCAUGAAUUGUAUUAUACUCGAAAUUACCCAGUCAAUGAAGUAUACGUUCGUAAAUUAUAUUAAGUUGAACCAGCUAUUUUUAAACAAUUGAAAUAUUUACCUAUUUUGAACGAAAAUGAUUGAUUUUGUUGAAAACUGGAGCUCGGCUACCAAAAGCGCAAUGCACUUACAUGAUAUUUAUUACACAUAAACACGCACAUUAGACACCAAAAUCUAACCGACACAAGAAAUGAUAUUUAACUUUAGAAUAGGUGAGAAAAGUGAAGUUUUCACAAACAAAUAUAAAGUGAAUGUACAUAUUUUACAUAUAAUUUUGUAAUUAUGUAUCAAUUGCGUUUCCUAACUAUAACACUAUUUAAUUAGUCAUUAAACAAUUGAUGAUAUAAUUUCUUUUAAGUUAUUGAAAUUGAAUAACAAUUUUUAGUUAAAUCAACAGCAGUUAAGGUCAUUUUUGAAAAUAAGAACCGCUUCCUUCUAAAGUUUUGCAAUAUAUGCGAUAUAAAGAGUAACAUUCGGUCGUGUAAAGUAUUGCAAUAAGUCUCAUUAUGUUUACCCAACAACCACUUACAAAUACAAAAUUUAAAUAGAGCCAACUGUAUAUAUCAUUGCGUAAUAAACAUAUUACAAUUUGUUCUAUUUUCAACCGUAAAA